AUGAGUAUCCAUGAGUACUGUGUACGACUGAUAAUGAAGAAACAGAGGAUCAAGUCUGGAGAGUGGCAAGAGACUGGCAAAAAGAAAAAGAAGCUACCACAACAAAAUUCAGACCCUACACCACUGGUAAACAAUAAAUCUGACACAAAACUGGAUCGUGAAAGAGGGGAGUCGAGAGAUCGUGGAGACAAUGCACCAAGGAGGGGAGCCAGAAAUGCUCCACCCAGGCUUUCAAGGGGUGGAAGUGCAAACAGAAACUGGAAAGGCAGAGAAGAGGAAGAGAAUGAGAAAAAUAGAGAGAAUAACAGAGACUUCAGUAGAGAUAGACCAGAAAGAGGAGAGCGAGGCAGGGGCAGAGGAAGAGGAAGCGUUGCUAGAGGCAGAGGUGGAAGAGGAAGAGGUGGUUUCGGUUCCAGAAGUGGGGGUAGUGUGCCUGGCAGUGGAGGUGCAAGGUUUGACAAGGGACCAGAAAUUGAUACAUGGACUAAUGAAGUAGCUGAAAAUGCAGAGAAGGGCAAUAGCAAUUGGGCAGAUUCCAUAGAUAACUGGGAUGAGGAAUGGACUGGCAAUCUGUCAGAGACACAGGUCUUCACCCCAAGUGCAUCAGCAGCUGUCAGCACCAAUACCUUCUCUGCCUCUACAGCCUCCAGUAUGGAUGCUUUCUCCAGUGCGGCCAUGACUACAGCUGAUGUCACAGCCAACUCUGUGUUCAGUUCUAAUUCUCCAAGCAUUCGCAGUGGGGAUGGGUAUACAAGGCUGGACCUUGAUGUACUCUUGCCUAAACAAACCCAGGAUGCCUCUUUGUCCACUACAUCAUCUCUUGGAGUCAGUUCACUGGGGAGCAGCACAGGUCUGAUGGUCAAUUCAACUGUAGGUGUCCCUAGUAGUCUUGGUGCUGGUGGUUCUUCUCAGUCUCAGUUUUACCAGAGUCAGUUUGCAAAGCAAGCUACUGAGUCUAUCAAGAAUGCAGUUGGGAUCGGCUCCUCACAACCAAAUGCCAUACCCCAGCCAAGUCCAGUGCAGCAGCAGCAGAGGCCUGGUAAUGCAGCACAGGCAGCUGCAGCCCAAGCAGCAGCCCAAGCAGCAGCACUACAACAACAGCGGAACAAGCCUCAGAGAACAAAAUUACCACCUCCUUCAAAGAUUCCUGCUUCAGCAGUGGAGAUGCCAUACUUGCCAGGGAGUAAUAUGAUGCCUCUAGAUGUGCAGUUUGGGAGUUUGGAUAUUGGUGACUCUCUCAGUUUUGGCUCUGUGGCUGAUCCUGCCAUAGUGAGCAGCUACAAGAGCUCUGCCAUGAGCAGUUCUUCUAGCCUGACCAACCACCUGUCAGGCAUGGUAACCAAGUCUACAGAGAACUCUGCACUGAACUCCACUCUGCCAUCAUCAGGAAGCACUACAACAUCCAACAUGAGUAACCUGGACCAAACCAGGAGCAGUGUGUUCCAGAACACCAUGACAUCCCCUAAUAAGGACUAUUCUCAGACGCCAAAGGUAAACAGUCCGCCAGAACCCAUACCAUUCCCUGCCUCUCAGUCUACAAACAAGACAAGUCCAUUGAUGGGAUCACGAAGAUCUGGACAGGGAACAGAUUCUCUUAGUGCCACCACAACAUCUCCAAGUAUAAACUAUGGGCAGUCCAGCUAUUCCUCCAGCUAUUCCACAGCUAACUAUGUGAAAGGACUCAAUUCCACAACUAGUGGCUACUCUCACCCUAACAGUAAUCUUAGCUCACAAUAUGGUCACUCAAGUUAUCCAGGCAGUGGGUCAUUCCAAAGUCAGACGGGGUAUGGUGGCAGUCAAUCAGGUGGUUACCAAAACCAGUCAGGCUAUGACAGGGAAUCGGGAUCCUCUUAUCAGUCAGCUUAUAGCCAGGCUGGUUCUUAUGGCUCAAGUCAGACUGGGGGCUACUCAAGAGACAACCAGUCAAGCUCUUACCAAUCUGGAGGACAGUAUCAAUCUGGGAGUGGCUCCUUCCAGCCAACUAUCAGCCAAUCAGGCUCCAGCUACCAGUCGAGUAGCAAUCAGCAGACCAGUUAUCCUAACCAAUCAGGAUCAGUGUACCAACCUUCCUCUUCCUCAACUCACAGCUCUGCAUACCAGAGGGACAGUCAGUCUGCUCAGACGGGCUAUGGGUCUCAGAGUUACAGUAGCACUAAUCAGCAGACUAAUAAAUUUGCCGAAAGUAUAGCCAAAGCUGGAAACAAGGAAACUGAUUUAGAUAGUGGGAGGCAGUCAGCACCCUCAUCACAUUCUUUCGACAGAUCUAAUGGUACCACUGUGCCAGGAAGCAUGACAACUACCACUAUUACCACAACCAGUACUCUGCCCUCUGUGAAUACCAGUGUCUCUGCUGCAUUGGGGAUCAAUACCACAUCUGUUAGUUCAUUGUCAACAAAACCAUCUGCCACAACAAACAAAGCCCCUCCAAACUUGCCGCCUGGGGUUACACCAGUUCUUGGUGCUAACUAUAUGGUCCAGCCAGGCAUGCCCUUCAUUGGGCUCCAGCAGCCAAUGUACAGUUAUGAGGAUCUGCAAGCCAUCCAGAGAGGGAUCCCUACACUAAACCUUGGUUACUAUGACAUGUCAUCAUUUGCCACUCCCAGCACUAUGUCAACAGGUCGGGAGCAGACGACGGCGUCUCUUGCAAGUAUGUCAUAUGCUGGGGCAGGUGUUUCAGAUGGAAAGAUGAACAGGGUGGAUGCACAGUCUCCCAUCCAGGGAACUCAGACAACACCUCAGCAGACACAGGGACACCAGCAGACCAUCUUCAAUCCUGCUACUUUUCCACCUGGCUAUGGUUUCUAUUACCCAACACCUGGCAUGGUACCAGGGGUCUAUACACCUACUGUGUAUCCAGCACAGAUGCCUCAAGUAACAAAUGCUGCUCAUGUUGGUACAACGGCUGCUACAGCACAGUUCCCCACAGCAGCCACAGCACAGUUCCAGAAGGCUGCUGGAGGAUAUGGCUCUCACACGUAUGGGACAGGUAGAUAUGAUGAUCUGAACCAAGGGCAAGACUUCAAAACUGCAUAUGGAGGAGUAUCUCAGAGUCAGCCUAAGGCAUCAGUAGGAUCACCGAGUGUGACCUCAGCAAGCAGUAUUACUGAUCUGAGUGGUGCCGCUUACAGUAAGUCUUUUGAAAAGCAAGGGUUCCAUGGGACACCACCCCCAUUCAAUACCUUGCUAUCUGGAGGCACACAAGGGGGGCCCAUUGGAGCACCUGCUACAGCAUAUGCGGCUACCCCCUUCAUGCCCAUGAUGACACACCAGGGGAUGCUGCACCCUCUUCAGCAGGAUACUAGCGGAACAGGCAGAAUAAGCAGCUCCCAACAGAGCAAUGUCCAGCCAAAGGGUGUUCCCAAGACGUACAACACCUACUGGGCUAACUAGAGAGAAAAGGGAAGAGAAGGGGGAAAUAGCCAAGGUGCAAUUGGUCAUCAAAAUGAGUGUACAAAUCUAUUUUUAGCUGCCUGGUGGAGCUAAACUGUUUGGAUGUUUAGAGUCUUUACUAUCAUUUUUAACCAGAGUGGCACUUGUCUUAUUCUACUUCGAAAAACUGACAUUGAAACAACAAAUUUAUUUAAGAAAGUGUUGAUUGAGUUCACCUUUAUCCUUGGGUUUCCAGUCCUAUUAAGCUCAAUCGUUUCAGUUGAUUGCUGUUGUAUAUACUGCUGUAGUACAUGUGUAAACCUUGAUGCACCUUUUGUGGAUUUAAUUUUAGUAUGAGUUGCCAUUGUAUUUGUGACAGUGCAAGCAAGUUAAAGCACGUUAUUUGACUUUAUUUGAUUGCUAACCCAUAUGUAAGUUUGGAUUGCCAGGUCUGACAUAAACAUUUAAUUUUGACUUUA